AUGCAAUCGCCCGCGUCCAUAUUUCACCCAAAUCGCGGCGUCUUUGAAGCCGCUCUCAGCCUGGACCCGUUUGUCGCUUCGUUUUCUAAUUGGAUUCGGAUGCAGAUGGCUGUGAUGCCUGGUCAUUCACCAUCUUCGUCCAUGAAAGGGGAAAAAACCUCGGCUGCACCAGAACCACCUUCUCUUGAUUUUCACGCCGGCUACAGAGUAUCGUCUUCGGACGGUGAUCGUCUACGCGCUUCGAUGGAAGCAUGGAAACGAAGCGCUGCUUUGGCUAGCGAGAGGUAUGGUGAAGCGAGGCAGAGACAAAUUGCUGCCGAGAGAGAUGAUCGGAAUGAACUUCGCAAAAGAUGGCUUGAAGAGGAGGCAAAAAAACGUGCAGAGAGUGUGGUGAAGCAAAAAGAGGCUAUAAACGGCUGCAGUUUGUCCGGCAACAUGCCUCCACCCCUUUAUCAAUCAACGCCUGUUAACAAUCGUGAUAGGAAGCGCCAUCAUGAUAGCAAUGAUUACGGCCACGAAGAGUGGAGACAAGGGUUUCGUUUGAUGGAAGGAUCUGCCACUUCUGAAAUGGCCAAAACAUCCACCGAUACAUACAUAAACUACCCACAAACGGGUAUAGGUUUCUCUCCAGGAAUGUUGAUGCCUGGAAUGCAACAACAUUCUAAUAAAGGAAUGAUGGCGGAUUAUCCAACCAGACCUUUUCCAAGCAGUGCUUUGUAUCCACUGAAUUCUUACUCUGCUAAUGACGGAAUGUCGUCUUCAACAACAGAACAGUUCUUUCCCUUGGAGAGAGCACCGAGAUUUUGCGAAGGUACUUUCCAGACACAAUGUGUUGUUCCUUCGACACUCGGCUGCUCUCCGAUGCCGUCUACCUCUACGGCAGAUUUGUCGUUAAAUCAGAGGUACCACUCCAUGGAACCGCCACAGUUUCCUACAUCGUCUGAUUGUAUUCACGCUGGAUCGUUACGACCACAACAAACACAAUUUCCCGCAAAUGAUCCCGCCACAUGUGGUUGCGAUAUGCGACCGAGUUCAUCGAUGUGUCCAACGUCACCAAACGAGGUUCCAACACCACCAGCUCUAGUUAAUUCGAGCGGUGCGGCAACUGGCAAUUGCACCAGUUCAGCAACUGUGGUGGAGCAAAGCCUUCGCAGUCCUGCCGAAGAUCUCGGCUGUAACGCCGUGAAUGAAGAUAAUAUGACGAAAAUGCUUACUAGUAUCCGUACUGACAGUCUAGGAAUGCUAGGAGCGGAUGCUGUGGAUUCAUUAUUCGAUAACGAUACGACUGCUGAUGGUGCGGCUGGGCAGGUUCCCGUUGUGACAUUCACAGAACCUAAUAGCUCUCCAACUGGCUUCUGCCAUGGAGGACCUCAAAGUGUGCAUUCCAUUCACUCCGCACCUCAGAGCAAUGGAAAUUGCAAUCCACCUUCUACUCCUACCAUUGAUACAGCGGCAAGUAUUGUUCCUCACUUAACAACCUUCCCGCAAGUUCCAGCAUCGCAAUCUACCACGUUUCCUCACCAAUCUCCAUCUCAUUCAUCAAUUUUCCCGAGACAGUCUCCAUCCCAACAAUCGUCUGCUUUCCCAUCGGCAGUAACCGGUCGGCUAUCACCUUUUCCACAUAAUUCUCAGUCGGAAAACGCAUUUUUUGCUCAGUCGUCGUCGUCACAAUGUUUGAGCUAUCCAACGACCAUGGAAAACGCUGCCUCUUUCACAACUCCCUCAUCCCAAUCCACUGCUUAUGCGACACUAUCGCAGCACCCGCCAGGAUUUCCACAACACAGUGCCAUUUAUCCGAACUCGUUUCCUCCUACGGCAGCUGUAUUUCCGCACACUGAACCCCUUCCUUCCACAUCAAACUCAUACGCUCCCUCUUCAUCUGCUGCAGGCAUGGGUUCAAGGUCUACAGGACCAGUGUUUGUAGGACAACAAGAAGUUCUGAAUCCUGGAUUUACCAUGAAUGGGUAUCCGAUUUACGACAUACCAUCAGCACAAAUGAGUCAGCAACAGAUGCUUAUGCAGGCUCAACAGCAACAACAACAAAUGGCGAUGGCAAUGGGGAGUGGACCGGGCACUGCGAUGAAUGCACAACAGUACCACAUGGCAAUGAUACAGAAACACCAGCAGAACGUCAAAGCGAUGAUGCAACAACGCGUGGCGAUGUACCAUGGAUAUCCAAAUGGAGCAACCAUGUCACGACAACAAUAUUUCAUGCACAUGCAAAAGAUGCAGCAAACGCGAUUUCACAGCGGUAUAGAUCAUUCUGACCCAGCAUUUAUGAGCAGUCAGCGCAUGGUGGGCAUGAGAGGAAGUCAAAUCGGUGCUGGAGUUUCUGCAACUAUGGAGUAA